AUGAAAGCAUCACCAGAUAGUCUUAUCAUCAAGGAUAUAUUGGAAGCAAUACUGGGCUGGAUAGCUUGGUUGCUAAAUAUAUUGUUCCCGCCACGUUUAGUCGUAGAUAAUGUUAAACUGGAGGUGUUGCAUUUGGACAAGCCAGUAAGAAUAGUCCAGAUAUCCGAUAUACAUUAUGACCAUACGCCCAUCAGGAUCGACGAUGAACUGAUGGAGCAAGUGGUGCAGCGCGUCAACGAGCAGAGUGCCGACCUGGUGGUGAUCACGGGCGACCUCGUACAAUACCAGCCCGAGCCGGUAACCGUGUUGGUGGAGCGCCACCUUUCCAAACUGCGCGCCAACGUGGGCGUCUACUCUAUAUACGGAAACCACGACUACAAGACGGCGCAUGGACCUGAGAUGAUUGCCAACGCGCUCAAGACUGCCAACAUUACCAUGCUGCACAACGAGACGACCUAUCCGAUGGGUCGCGGCAAGGGCAAGCUUCAACUGGUGGGUCUGGGCGACUAUGGCAGGAAGCGCGUCCACUUCAAGCUGGACAAGGUCAAGGGCGACAUUGUCGAGGCUGAGAGGCCACGCGUCGUUCUAUCACACAAUCCAGACAGCGCAUUUGAUUUGGAGCCGUACGAUAUUGACUUGGUCCUCUCGGGCCACACACAUGGAGGCCAGAUAUGCUUCCCAAAUGGCACGCCAAUGAUGCCAUUGCUUGACAAGCUGUUGCUCAGCUUGCCAAAGAUGUUCCUAUUGAGCAUCAGCUAUCCGAGCAAGGUGCUCAAGAGCUGGACGUGGUCACGCGGACACCACGUGCUGAGAGGAGUGCAGCUGGACAAGCCCAAAGCGCAAGACAGACCGAUGAAUCUAUAUAUCAACAGAGGACUGGCGACACAUCCUCCACUGCGGCUAUUCUGUCAUCCAGAGAUCACAGUCAUUGAUCUCAUUCCAAAGGUUUAA